UGCACUCUGUAACAUGAGUUCAGAAGAACUCAAUAACGAAAUCAUACUCUCAAAGCGUGCAAAAAUAUACCACUAGGGCAAAUUCAUAGUUUCUGCCUUUUUUUGUGCUCUGUUACUGUAACGGCCACAGGGAAAGAGGUUUUCAAGGAGAAGAAAUGAAUGGGACAGCCAUUGAAAAUUUUGUCUGUGUCAUUUUUAAUGUGUCCUUCAUGAACUGCACGUGGCAUGUGGGCAGGACUGCUACAAGAGAUACCCAGUAUUUUCUGUACUGGAGGCCCUCAGAGAAAGAAGAUGUCACAGGGUGCCAGAAUUACAUCAAAGAUAACUGGGGAAGGAACACAGGAUGUCGAUUCCAAAAUGUGACAAUAGCAUAUAAGUAUGCUCAUUUCCUGGUAAAUGGAUCUAGAAGUGGACAAAACAUUCAGUCAUAUGAGAAGAAGAUUAUGCUAUACAAAAUUGAAAAACUCACCCCUCCAUUAAAUGUCACUGUGAACUGUAGAGAAGCUUCUCAUACAUGUAAUAUUCAGUGGCAACCACCUCACACAAGUCAUGUGAAAAGAAGCAGUUGUUUCAAAUAUGAAAUUGUCAUAGAAAACAAGGCUGAUCCUGAGAAAAACUUCAACACCACAUCUCAAACACACUCCUACCUAUACGAGAACUUCCGCGCAGAAAAAAGGUACAGCGUCAAAAUCAGAGCAACUGACACAGGCAUUUGUUUAGUGAGCCCAAGUUGGGGAGAGUGGAGUACACCUGUGGAGUUUGGCAUGAAUGGGUCAGCCAUUGAAAAUUUUUCCUGUGUGAUUUAUAACAUUUGCCUCAUGAACUGCACUUGGCAGGCAGGAAGGGGUGCUCCAGCAGAUACACAGUAUUUUCUCUACUGGCAGAACUCAAGAGAUGAUGGGCAGAUGGAAUGUGAGCUUUACAUUAAAGAUGAAAACGGCAGAAACGUGGGAUGUAGAUUCCAAAAUGUGAGGAUAGAGAUUGAAAAAGCUUACUUCCUGGUUAAUGGGUCUAGCAAAGACUCCCUGAUCCAGUUCUAUGAUGAGUACAUUGAACUGUAUAAAAUUGAAAAGCUCAUGCCUCCAUCAAAUAUCACUGUCAACUGUGAUGGAAAUAAAAAUGAUUGCAUAAUUCAAUGGCAACGACCCCAAAUAAGUCACUCUAACAAAGACAAGUGUUUUGAAUAUGAAAUCAACAUAAAGUAUAAGGAUAAUCCUGAAGGAAAGCCCAAAUAUGCUUUUAAACAAGAAGGGGGAAAUAGUCACACAUUUCCAAGGUCCAACACAAGAAAGAAAUAUCUCUUGAAAAUGAGAACAGCUGGCAGUGCCUGCCUUGUGAAUCCAGCCUGGGGGGAAUGGAGUGCACCUCUUGAGUUUGGAAAUGAGGAAAUUAUUUCUUCUUCAGUGUGGAUUUUACUCGUUGUAGCAUUUGUAACACCAUUAAUGGCAAUCAUUGCAAUUUUGUUCUUCAAAAGGACUGGCUGUUGGAAAGCAGCAUUUCCACAAAUCCCAGGGCCAAAACCUGCUUUUUUUGGACUGCCUGAUACAAAUCCAGAGCUGAUGGAGAGCAAAAUUCAGUCAACAACAUCUCCAAAUGAAGAGAUAAUAGUAGUUGCUGACAUAGCAAGAUAACCAAGAAAAAGAAGAGUCUAAAAUUGCAUUUCUUAGACAACUGUAUAUUCCUAUAGAAAUUCUGGAAUAAUAUAUAUAGGCUUUCUUCACUUUCUUUUUUUUUUUCUUGUAAAAAACAGUGAUGCAGCCAUGAGAGAAUGAUACUUCACAUGCAACCUUUUUAAAUGCCAUUGUAUUUGCUUUUAAUUUUGGCUAACUUUAAUUGUUUAAGUAAGUUGUCCUUAUUGGAUAUCUUCCAUUUUGUGAAUAUGAAAAAUAAUUGGUUUAUCUCAUAUUAAAAUUAUUAAGAAUACAAUUUAAAAAAAUUCUGGUGCCUGAAUGCCAUUGUUCUACUGUCAAAAAUGGCCCAAUUCAUACCUGAAGUUUCCUGGGAGCUCUUAAAUUAUGGGCAACUGGAAAAAUGCAAACACAAGCUGAGACACUGAGUAGUGGCCUGCAAUCAAUGGGAUUCUCAAGGGACAGGAAUAUGUCUAAAACCCUAACUAUUCCUAGAGUUUAAGUGUGUUACAAAUUAAGAGAUCAGCCACCUGCUUCUGUAGGUACUUAGCUCUUUAUGUUCUUACUGUUCACUUGCUUUUUACUACCUUAUUAUUUUAAUAUUGAGUGCAUGACUCAGUUAAUCUCUGUUUUCUUUUGUUCAACUUGAGAGCUUUACUUUUGGGCCAAACAUGAGGUAUUCAGAGACACAGGGUCAGGACAAGUUGUGAAAACAGCCCAUGCUGUUGUUGAAUGCAGUAACUGGUGACGAGUGAUGCUUCUCAAGGAUCAAUGCAUAGUGUUUAGCACUAGAUUUCACCCCUCUAGAACUUGAAUGACAGUGACAAGCUGUGUAAGUUCAGCAGUAGGGCACCAGGGUGAUUAUGGGUGUCUGAAGGAACAAGGAUUUUUCAGCCUGGAGAAGAGAAGCUAAGGGGUCUAACACUGUCUUUCACUGUGUGUAGAGAAGACAUAACAGGCUUGUCUGGGAGUUGCACAGUGUGAGGAUGAGGGGGAGCAGUCAAAAGUUGCAGCAAGAGAAAGUUGAAUUUGAUAUAAGGAAAAAGAAUGAUUUACAGGUGAGAGUUGGAUGGGCUUUGGAAUAAGUGUCUGAAGAGGCUGUAAAAUCUCCAUCCUUCAAUAUAUUUGAAAUACAACUGGACAGUUUCUGACAAACUUCCUUAUAGGGGAAAUGAUUUAUUAUUAGAUUUCUUUUAUUCCUUUUGUUCCAUAAAAAAACUUUCUUGGCCUUACUUACUGUGCUUUUGUAUUUA